GUAUACGUGUUUCACACGGACCUAUUUAAGCGUGCACCCAAUGUUUUUGCAGAGCGACAUAACUUGAUGAACUUCAUAACAUUGCGUUUAUUAAUACCGUUUAGCAAAAGUAAAAAUAUUUGAAGCCGUGCAGACACAUUACAGCCAGGUCUGACCUUUGAGGGAAGAUGAUUUAUCUACAUCCUCUUUCAUGGCUUCAACCUGGGAUUAAGAUGUGCACUUUCCCACAACACAGAAUUCACAAGUUGGCAUCACUGCAAGAGGCAAGAGUUCGAUACCCAAACAAAGUGAAAAGCUUACUUUACCCUUUUACAGAUGUAGAGACUUACCUGGACAGCUCUGUGGAUAGGACACAAUUUCAGCUCUUCCAUCCCUGCAUGAAUGAUCUUCUUAAAGCUGAAAAGCUCUUCUGUUCCUCACCGUCCCAUAAGAUUGAUUAUUAUGUGUCAGCAGAGAGGAUGGACCACUCACCUGCACUGAAACAACCCGAGGUGUGUUUCAUUGGCCGAAGCAAUGUGGGAAAGUCAUCUCUUGUUAAAUGUCUGUUUUCUCUGAGUCCAAAUGUGGAAGUCAGAAUCUCCAAAACACCUGGUCACACAAAAAAGAUGAACUUCUUUAAAGUGGGCAGGGCUUUCACCAUUGUGGACAUGCCAGGUUAUGGAUACAAAGCACCCAGAGAUUUUGUGGAAAUGGUUGAACCUUAUCUCUACUCGAGGAAGACUCUCGUCCGGACAUUUAUACUGGUGGAUGGCAGUGUUGGACUGCAAAAGACUGAUCACAUUGCCCUAGAAAUGUGUGAGGAGACUGGAUCUCCUUAUGUGAUGGUGGUGACGAAGAUUGAUAAAUGUAGUCGUGGUUCACUACUGACAAACCUAUUGAAAUUUCAAGAUGUUAUUAAAACACAGACAUCUAGUUGCUUCCCCCAGCCGUUUUUGGUCAGCUCCCUCCAGUUUUCAGGGAUCUACCUCCUGAGAUGCUUUAUUGCUCAUAUUACGGGAAAUCUACAGCUAAAGGACACCUCUCAAAGUUGAUUUGUGUUAAAAGAAGGUAUUAAAGGUCAUGUGUCGCAGUUUUCUCAGAGAUGUCUCAGAAGUUUUUUUCUUUCACUGUCUCUCAGGGAGAGUCUUACAUUAACGUUAUAGAUGUGAAGCGUUAGAGAUCUUGAAAGAAAACUUUUUUGACUGCUGUUAGGUUUAACCCCUCACACUCUAAAGCUGUCUUAUAGACAAGUUUCCGGAGCCAAUCAAUCGGCGCCAUCUUGGAAAAUUUCUGCGCUGAACUUCUGGUUUAGACAGAACAACAUGAAGUGCGAUUGACGUAAGCAUUGUGUUGACAAAGUUAAAACUGCAAAAUUAAACCAGAGGAACUCACGGAAUCUCCAAAAAUGGCUACAUGGAAAAACGUGGUCUUUGUGGUGGCACGGGCUUGAUUCCACAUCUGCCUUCAUGAACAUGUUGUUCUCCCAUGUCGUGAUGAUGGAUGAUGGCAGAUGGAAGUGGUAUUUCCAAAUUGUCUUUUUGAGGGAUUUUGAUGAGUAAUGUUACUCCAGCUUUACUUUUGUUUCGAAUGGAAAAAGUGUAAAACGGAAGGCGUGAGCAGAAAUGCCAAAGUAAAGCAGAAGCACCUCGGAAACUUGUCUACUGACUUGUCUAUUCUCCUGUCACUAUAUAUUGCACAUUAUCAAUAUUUUCUCAUAUCAUCAGCUCAUAUCAGGCAUUGAAUCUAAAAUCAAACUUUUUAAAAGCUCAAAGUAGCCUUGCUGAAACAGUUAAGGCAAAUGCGUCAUGGGAAUGUCUGUAUUUGAAUUGCAAAUAUAUGGAAAAUGUUUUUAAAACUGAAUUGGUUGAUUGUGCUGCUUGUCUACGCAUAAAAUACAAGAAACAUUGAACGUGCGGAGUGUUUAAAGUUGGGGAAAUAAAAGUCAAGAUUAGUAGUUAACUACGGUCAUAACUUUUAUAGAAAGUAGUGUUAAAGGGUCAAGGUCAUAUGAUAAAUCUUUCAUAGUGCCAUUGCUCUCGCUCAUAAAAGGCAAUGGGCUUGUUUCUUUCAAACAUUACGAAGGAAAAAUAAAGUAUUAUCUCGAGUCUGAUCAUGACACCCAUUUUAAUAGUCGCAGGACACGGAUUCUUAAAAUUGAAAGCAUCCCUAAUGAGGAACAAGUAGAGAGGAAAGAUAAAAGGUGGCGAAGAUAAAGAUUAGAUAAGGCACGCUACCUACAGCUGGUAUUUUAUUAUUCGCGUUGUCAUGCAAUGCAGAGAAAUUGUGAAUUUUAUGAGUGUUCCUAGUGAGUGAAUCAGAGCUUAAAUUUUUUAUGCUCUUUUUUUGUGCAAUGAUGAUAAAGGAAAUCUAUCUAGGAAACAUACAAUAGAUUACAAUGCUUCCCCAAGUAGAUAUUACUUUUAUUACUCUCAUCAUGACUCACCUCAACAACAUAGCUAGUUAAAAAAAGACCGUCAUAUCAAAAAUGCAUUUGUCUGCUAAAAUGUGGUAUGUUCAAUGUAUAGUAUAUGUAUAGCAUGCUCUAGCUAUAAAUUGAAAAUUGUCUUCGCUAAGUAGGCUUCAAAAUGGGGGAAAAAAUAAGGUUUCCCCGUCACAUCUCAUACGAUUACUGACCUCAAACCACAGCUUGCUCAUGAGCAGUGUUGUUAAUCUUACUUCAAAAAAGUAAUUAAUUACAGUUACAAAUGACUUCUCCCGAAAAGUAAUUGCGUUAGUAACUCAGUUAACGGAAUGUAAGAGUAAUUAGUUACUUGGCAAAGUAACUGGUGAUAAUUUUUUUUUUUUCUCAAAAAAACAAACA